CCAAGUCAACUUGACAACACAAUGGUUCAGAGCGCAAACCAUGAGUGUUUCCCAACUUACCUGAAUGAAUGACACGUCCACCUGAAUCAUACAUGUAAGAAGACUUUCCAGCUUUAUUCGACUCCACCUUUCGAAGGAAUAAUGUUCCGGAAAACCGUCUGGAGGAAAUGCGUGAGUGACGUGAUCCACAGUCAUCAGGCUCGAGCUCUGAACACAACCAUCCUCAUCCUCAGAGAGUUCGGACCCGUCGGCUUUCUCCUGCAGGAGGACGGAGACUCCAAACAAUAUAAAGUGUGUUUAGGUGAUCCGCACACGUGCACCUGUCCAACCUUCUACAAAGAGAAAGAUCUGUGUCAACACAUCUGCUGGAUUUUGAUGCGUAAAUUUCGGCUGCCCAGAGAUCACGAAUACUGCUUUCAGUACGGCCUUGCGGAGAGACAGAUCCUGGAGCUCUUACAAGGGCUUCAUGUCACCAAAACUACAUCCCAUAGUGACAGACGCGCCUCAGGACCAUCAGAUGAGGACCACAGGUGUGUCAGACAGAAAGCCAUCGAGAAGCAAGAUUUAUGUCCCAUCUGCCAAGAAGAACUUUUGCUGAAAAAGUUGCCUGUGACUUACUGCAGGUUCAGCUGUGGAAACAACAUUCAUAUUUCAUGUAUGAAGGUGUGGGCUGAUCAUCAGAUGAAACUGAACUCAAGCGGCGUGCUGAAGUGUCCGCUCUGCAGAGAAGACUUUGGCACUUUAAAGCAACUAAACCAAGAAGUGAGAAACUCUGCAGAUUUGUGUACUUAUUAUGAGCGAGAGUGUCUGGAGAAACAUCUUGGAGUGGUGUGUAACGGUUGUGGGGUCUGUCCUGUCGUCGGCAAGUGUUUCAAGUGCACAGAAUGCAGUUAUUUUCACAUGUGUGAGACGUGUUUCAGGAGACCCGCUCAUCCACAGCAUUCCUUCAUGUGUCGAGCGAAGAGAGGUCAUUCAUGGCAGUCCGUCUCUGAAGAAACACAGAUGAUGGACAAACACAUGAUGGACAGAAGCGUGUCUGCUGUGAUGUGUGAUGUUGUCCCGAACCAUGUCAUGAAGAGUUUGCCGAUGGUGAGGGUUCGAAAAGAAUCCAAACUGCUUCAUCCGGGUGUGCAGUGUCGGAUCUGCCUGUCAAGAUUUCAGACGGCUCAGAACGUCAGAUCUCUUCCCUGCAAACACAAGUUUCAUACCGACUGCAUCGAUGCAUUAAUCCAGAAGUCAAACUGCUGUCCGCUGGAUUUUCAUGUCAUCUAUAAUCCUCUUACAUGGAACAUGAGAGUCGGCCGAUCACGAAGCUCUCCGGCUCCACCUGGUGUCGCUCAGAGCAAGCGCACAGAUCCUCACAUCUCUGAAUUCGUUCUUCCAGGUAUUGGUUUACAGGUUCAGAGAGGUCACGCUUCAUCUGUGUUGAGACCCAGCACACGUGUGUCAGGGUGUGAGGGGCCUUCCUCUGUGAAAUCCCUCUCUCAGGGUUUACAGGAUCUUUACAUUCACAGUUCUCACAUAGAACCGUUCUCCAGAAAGACUGUAAUGAAACACAUUAAAACACAGUCUUCUGCAGCGGCUGAGAGAAAAGCAAACCCAGCCUCAACAUUCACAUUAAACCACACACAGAGAAGCGAACACUCCACGUGACGCAUACUGAACCAGCACCGCCACACCUUCAGACGAGACCACCGGGAGAAAGACCACACAGAGGAAAUGUUCUCCACAAAUACCCCUUCAGAGACGUAAUGAGUCCCUUACAUUAAAUGAUGCCACAACUAUCCUUGACUUUUUUUUAUUAUCCUUCAAAUUCCAUUUCAAAGAUUGUUUUACUAAAACGUUAAGCUUGCUUAUAAAAGUCUUAUAAAAGAAUCUUGGUAACACUUUACAUUAAGGUACCCUUUAUGAAGCUUUUAUAAAUCUGUUCAUUUAUGAUUAAUCAGUCAUUUACAAAUACAGUAUAAAGCAGUUACAACUGCAUGAAUAAAAAGAGGGAUUCUAAUAGUGAGCAGUUAUAAGAAAACCAUCAUAACACGCCAAAAGUGUCCAGUCUGACAGCCUAUAAUGCAAACAACAUCAAGAUAAUCAUCAAAUAAAUAAUGAAUAAAAACAUUUAUUAAGCAUUUAUAACAUGUUCAUAACAUCCCCCUUUUUAUUUAUGCAGUUUAUUAUGCAUAGGUAAAUAACAUAUUAAUCAUUUAUAAACACAUCUAUAAAUGCUUUAUAAAGGGAACAUUAAUGUAAAGUGUUACCAGAAUCUAAUAAUAAGAGCUUUUAAUGAAAUAAAGUGUUAUUGUUGAAUAUUAGUAUAGCAUUGGUAAGAUGAUCAGUUUUAAGCAGUAUGUCUGUAAAUGACUUGAAUUAAUGCCAGAAUUAAUUCUUGAAUUAAUGAAUUCCUCAGCACAACCUUAUUGACAUUUAUGAGACUGCGUUAUUUAAAAUCAGAAAGCAUUUUGUAAUAUUUGAAUGUUAAUUUAUGUUCUCAAAAAACAUGCAGUGUUAUCACUGUGUGUUCUUCCAUUAAUAAAACUCAUGAAUUUUG